AUGGAAAGAAAACUGGAGAGUCAUAUUGAAAAAGGGCAAACAAUUGACAAAGUUGAGCUGGCACUAAUAAACAAUGAACGACGUAGGUGGCGAGAGGUACUUACCAGGUUCUGGCAGAACGAAAUCUUCCUCUCAUACACACUUUACCAGCCCAAUAAUGGGAACUUUCUGAAAGAAGUUGAACUCAUGGCUCAGUUUGACCCUGUUCUCAAAGAACAUAUUGCGAAGGUGCAAGGAGGUGCCAGUCAUACAUCCUACCUAGGCAAUAUUAUUCAAAAUGAGUUUAUUGACUGCAUCAACACACGGUGGGAGAGUCGAAUCAAUAGUGUUGAGGUUGUAAGAUUCCAGGCUGCAAAAGUGAGAGAUGCUCUUUUAGAGGUGAGAGCAAGCACUGCAGAACCAGCUAUUAAAAUCGAAGCACAAGCUUUAGCAGAAGAGGUGGGAUCAUACCGGUUCUCUAUUUGUAAUGGUGGUGUGAGGACUAUGGUACGGGUAACCCAGUGCCACUAUCUUGUCCAGAACCGAAUAAGAGAAGAGGGUAGAGCUUCACUACCCCAAAUAAAACAAACAAGAAGAAGAAAGCAAUCCCCUGCAGGAGCCAAUGAUGCAUGA